GACUACCCGACGGACAGACACACAGGCAGGACCGCCAAGCCCAUCAUGCCGCGCGGCCUCCCCGGACGACUCCUGCUGCUCUUGCCGCUGCUGCUGCUGCCGUCCCCCGCGGCCCCCAGCUCCCUGGCCCGCCGCCCUCCGGCCGCCCUCCCGGGGUCCGGGAGGCUGGGGACCCGCGGCCCAGCGGGCAGCCCCGGGCGUCGCCCCGCUCCCACAGGCGAACCCUAUUCCGGAGCCAGCCAGCCCGGCGGGGCCCGCGGCGCAGGUGUUUGCAAGAGCAGGCCCUUGGACUUGGUGUUUAUUAUCGAUAGUUCUCGUAGUGUUCGGCCGCCGGAGUUCACCAAAGUGAAAACUUUCGUCUCCCGGAUAAUUGACACUCUGGACAUCGGGGAGGCGGACACACGGGUGGCGGUGGUGAACUAUGCUAGCACUGUGAAGAUCGAGUUCAACCUCCAGACCUACUCAGACAAGCAGUCCCUGAAACAGGCCGUGGCUCGACUCACACCCUUAUCAACAGGCACCAUGUCGGGCCUGGCCAUCCAGACGGCCAUGGAUGAAGUCUUCACAGUAGAGGCAGGAGCUCGGGGGCCCAACUUCAACAUCCCUAAAGUGGCCAUCAUUGUGACAGAUGGGAGACCCCAGGACCAGGUGAACGAGGUGGCCGCUCGAGCUCGGGCUUCUGGUAUUGAGCUCUAUGCUGUAGGUGUGGAUAGGGCGGACAUGGAGUCCCUCAAGAUGAUUGCCAAUGAACCCCUAGAUGAUCACAUUUUCUACGUGGAGACUUAUGGGGUCAUUGAGAAACUUUCCUCUAGAUUCCAGGAAACUUUUUGCGCUCUGGACCCAUGUAUGCUUGGCACACACCAGUGCCAGCAUGUGUGUAUCAGUGAUGGAGACGGCAAUCACCAUUGUGAGUGUAGCCAAGGAUAUACCUUGAAUGCUGACAAAAAAACAUGCUCAGCUAUUGACAAGUGUGCUCUUGGCACUCACGGCUGUGAACACAUUUGUGUGAAUAACAGAAAUGGCUCUUAUCAUUGUGAGUGCUACGAAGGUUAUACCUUGAAUGAAGACAAGAAAACUUGUUCAGUUCAAGAUAAAUGCGCUUCUGGUACACAUGAGUGUCAGCACAUUUGUGUGAGUGACAGAGCUGGGUCCCAUCACUGUGAGUGCUAUGAGGGCUACACUCUGAAUGAAGACAAAAAGACAUGUUCAGUACGUGACAAGUGUGCUCUGGGUACUCAUGGCUGCCAGCACAUUUGUGUGAGCGACGGGGAAGCGUCCUACCACUGUGAUUGUUACCCUGGCCACACAUUGAAUGAAGAUAAGAAGACAUGUUCAGCCAUUGAAGAGGCACGAAGACUCAUUUCUACUGAAGACGCUUGUGGGUGUGAAGCCACACUGGCAUUCCAGGACAAGGUCAGCUCGUAUCUUCAGAGACUGAACACAAAACUUGAUGACAUCUUGAAGAAGUUGCAAGUAAAUGAAUAUGGACAAGUACAUCGUUAAAUCGCUCAACUUUUUCACUUAGAGAUGUGGACCGCCUGGUCUGUUGAAUACUCAUUCAUUUUUUUUUAAAUUUAAUGAGUACCUCCAAUGUGCCUGAUAAUAAUUUGUCAUUACAAAUGCUCGAAUAUUACUGGAUAAAUAGAGGAUCUUCAGUCGGAUCAGUUUCUUUUUUUUUCCAAGGACAUAAACGUCCAGAUCCUUAUUAAGAGCAUUUAGUGUCUCUAAACUAUGACUGUGAAAUGGCUGGUAGGAAAUAGAAUGAAAAGUUUAAUGUUUCCUUUUUUUUUUUUAAUCUACUAAUUGAGCCAUUUAAUUUUUAAAUGUUUGUAUUAGUAAGAUAACCAUAUUCACAACGGAAACUUUUGAUUUAUUUUCUUUUGAUAGUAUUCAUAAUAUAAACCAAUUUUAUUACUAGGAGUGUAAACUGUGCAAAGUAUUUACACAUAAAAAAGUUCAUAUAAUUAAACAGAAGUGAAAAUGAAAUUUAGAACUGUAUCUUUUAAUGCUUUUUGUUUUUUUUGCUUACUUUUGCUGGAGUAUUACUGAAGCUGUGGUCAGGGGAUUGCAAUACAGAUAGAUAGCUAAAAACAGUUAACACAGAUUAAGUGAACAUUACAUGUAAUUUUAAAUACAUUCUGAUGUUAGAAAGACAUGCACAACUAAAGAGCACUAGUUUAGCUGUGAAUUAAAGGUGCUAUAACUUUUUACCAAGGAUUAAAGACUCCUAAAUUUACUUUAUGGUUUUGCUUUAGGAACCAACCAAUAAAAUUGUCUAUUUAUAAAUACUGUUAUAACAAGCAACAAAACCUCACGUUGUCUUUUUUAAUGUUAAUGAUAAGCAUAGCUUUUUUUUCACUCAUAUUUAAUACAUAUAAUUUUUUUCUGUCUUAAAGCUUAUAACU